AAACAGAAAAAUAAACUCAAGCACCAAAAAUUUGUGCGUGAGAUAGACAGAGGGGGAGAGAGAUGGCAAGGGAUAGUUGUCUAGCACGAGUGACGGCGGGGGUUGCAGUCGGUGGUGGUAUUGGUGGCGCAGUUGGUGCUGUUUAUGGAACUUAUGAAGCUAUUAGAUACAAGGUUCCAGGCCUUCUGAAAAUAAGAUAUAUUGGGCAAACGACACUUGGAAGUGCAGCUGUAUUUGGUCUCUUCUUGGGAGCUGGAAGCUUGAUACACUGUGGAAAAUCUUAUUGAAUCUAUAAUUUGUUUUCAGUUUAUUAAUUAGUUAACUUUGUGCUGCAUUUAAGAAAUAUUUGAUGCAAACUAUAUGUAUAGAUGUUAUGCAGACAAUUUUGUUAUGGUUUUGAGCAUGCAUUGUGGAAAUUAACCAGAUCUAUUGAACACCACUUCUUUCUUUA